AGACUAGAGGACGGAGAGAGAGAACGAGAAGAGGACAGGAGGAGUGAAGUGGGGGAAGAGGAGGAGGGAAGUGGGCGGGGCGUUGUUGACCUCACUGCCGAGGAGGAGGAGAAAGAGAAGAGAACAGAGUGAGUGAAUGAGAGAGAGGAAGGAGAGAUGGACACACACACAUUAUGUUUUAUCAUUGCUGUUUUGAUGGUUUUGUUUGACUUAAUUUGUUUGAUCAUUGUGGUAAUGUAUUUGACUAAGAAUCGUUUCUCUCUCUAUUUCUCUUGGUCUGUGGUAGGCCCACAGCGAGGCCUACCCCGGCAGCCUAUGUUGCCCAGAGAGGGAGUGAGGUGCCUGGGGUAAGCUCCUCAGGAAAGCCCCAGGCUGUAGAGACAAAGACUAGGCCGGCUGGAGGCUGUCUGUACCCAGGCAGUUAUGACAUAGUGCUAUGUGUGGACUUCAUUGAGACUACUGGGUAAGAGGUGUGUCUGUGUAUGUCUAGGUGUGGUUGAGUUUGAGGUUUCUGUGUAGACACAACAUGUGGUCGCGCAAGUGAUGGGGGGGAAAAAAUCCAUAGUUACAUAUUGGGAUAUUAUUUUGGACUAUAUAUCAUAAUAUUAUUUUUGCGCUAGUUGGCAGUACCUGCAACAAAACUCCAGUAUCUUUCCUUCAUAGCUUGUUCUAGGUAGCUUGGCGGGUAGGAGCGUUGGGCCAGAAAGGUUGCUGAAUCGAAUCCCCGAGCUGACAAGGCAAAAAUCUGUCGUUCUGCCCCUGAGCAAGGCAGUUAACCCACUGUUCCCCGGGUGCCGAUGACGUGGAUGUCCAUUAAGGCAGCCCCCCCCGCACCUCUCUGAUUCAGAGGGAUUGGGUUAAAUGUGGAAGACACAUUUCAGUCGAAUGCAUUCAGUGGUACAACUGACUAGAUAUCACCCUUUCCUUUCUCCAUGUUCUUUUUAAAUAGGGAGACAAUUUGUUUUCAGAACUUGUGUUUCCAUGAUCGAUCGAAACUGGUUUUCUCAUGGCUCUCUCUGUCCGUCUGCAGCAGACAUAUGGUGAGCAAUAUGUUUGGAACAUCGAAUCGUAAAAUAAAAUCACAGUAUCGAAUCGCAAAACAUAGAAUCGUGAGAAUCGCAAUACAUAUCGUAUCAGCACCUAAUUAUCAUGAUAAUAUCAUAUCGUGAGGUCCCUGGUAAUUCAAUACAUAUCGUAUCAGCACCUAAUUAUCAUGAUCAUAUCGUACCGGGAGGUCCCUGGUAAUUCAAUAUAUAUCGUAUCAGCACCUAAUUAUCAUGAUAAUAUGGUAUCGGGAGGUCCCUGGUAAUUCAAUACAUAUCGUAUCAGCACCUAAUUAUCAUGAUAAUAUGGUAUCGUGAGGUCCCUGGUAAUUCAAUACAUAUCGUAUCAGCACCUAAUUAUCAUGAUAAUAUGGUAUCGGGAGGUCCCUGGUAAUUCAAUACAUAUCGUAUCAGCACCUAAUUAUCAUGAUAAUAUCAUAUCGGGAGGGUCCCUGGUAAUUCAAUACAUAUCGUAUCAGCACCUAAUUAUCAUGAUAAUAUGGUAUCGUGAGGUCCCUGGUAAUUCAAUACAUAUCGUAUCAGCACCUAAUUAUCAUGAUAAUAUGGUAUCGUGAGGUCCCUGGUAAUUCCCAGCCCAAGUGUGCAUGAGCGUGUGUGUGUUAAUGCGUUCCUCUGUGUGGUGUGUGUUGUUAUGGGUGUUAUGCGGUUACUCCUGUGUGGUGUUGUGUUGUGUGUGUGCUGGUUAAUUGCGUUCCUCCUGUGGUGUGUGUGUUAAUGCGUUUCCCUGUGUGUGUGUGUGUGUGUGUGUGUGUGUGUGCAUGCGAAGGGGCAGCACAGCCUGUAAGCAGGAGCUGGUGAAGGAGCUGCAGAGGAACGGCGUAACCUUUGACGUCAGGAGUUAACGUAGGUGAACUUCUGUGGGUGGCCAAGGAGAGGGUCGCUCCCGUGUCAGGUAACUGAGCUCGUCGUCUUUUUGUCUGUGCUAAAGGGGGUUAUGAAAGUCAAGCCGAAAUUUUCAGUUACACUAGAUGGCGCCUUGUUAAUGGCUAUAAUCACCAAUCAUUGGCAUUUCCUCAGGGACAUGUGGUUGUAACAGUUAUUGAAUUUUCUGACAUUGUUUGUUGAACAGUUAUGUGAAUUUUGGAGGUUAAACACAAGGAUUCAACAACUCUAGGCGACAACAACCCACAACGCCCCCAACCUCGCUCUCUCAGUGAGAGCGAGGGGGCGGCAGACCUACAAACAAAAGAAGAGGGAAGAGCGAGAGAGAACAACAAAAUCCCCAAGAGGAGAGAGAGAGGGUCAGAGAGAGAGAGACAAAAAACCAAACAACAGAGAAGGACCCGUACGAGAGAGAAACAAAAAAGAGAGAGAUAUGAUGAGCAGGCAAACAAACCCGAGUACGGCGUCGGGAGAGAGAGAGAGAACCCACACAUAGCAAGAGCUCUCUUCUAUCCCACCCACGCUUGCUCGCUCCCACAACCACUUCGCGCUUGAGCUCUCGCUCGCCCUCAAUGACCUCACUCUCUCACUCUCUUCUCUCUCCUAUCUCUCUCUCUCUCUCCCACUCUCUCUCUCUCCAUCUAUCCAAUCCCCUCUAUCUCCCCCCCCCAUCCUCUCUCUCUCUCUCUCUCUCUCUCCCCAUCCCUCCCCCCUCACAGGUCAGUUGCGUGCCCCCCCAAGGUAGGGAGCUGGUCCUUGAUUACAUCAUUGAGAGGAAGAGGAUGGACGACUUGUGUGGUAGCAUCAUCGAUGGACGAUUCAGGGAACAGAAGGUAUGUAGGUGUGUGCUCAUGGGUAACUAGUAGGAUUCAUCAACAUACUGCUUUUUCCCUGCAGUUAGUUUUCAGACAUUUCAUUCUCUCUCUCUCUCCCUCCCUCUCUCCCUCCCUCCCUCCCUCCCUCAGUUUCGUCUGAAGAGGUGUGGUCUACAGAAACCUAUCUACCUGGUGGAGGAGUGUGGCUCUGCUGCUGCUCACCUGAGCUUGCCUGAGACCACCCUACAGCAGGCUAUAGUUAAUACACAGGUAGACCUGAGACCACCCUACAGCAGACUAUAGUUAAUACACAGGUACACCUGAUACCACCCUACAGCAGACUAUAGUUAAUACACAGGUAGACCUGAGACCACCCUACAGCAGGCUAUAGUUAAUACACAGGUACACCUGAGACCACCCUACAGCAGACUAUAGUUAAUACACAGGUAGACCUGAGACCACCCUACAGCAGACUAUAGUUAAUACACAGGUACACCUGAGACCACCCUACAGCAGGCUAUAGUUAAUACACAGGUACACCUGAGACCACCCUACAGCAGACUAUAGUUAAUACACAGGUACACCUGAGACCACCCUACAGCAGACUAUAGUUAAUACACAGGUAGACCUGAGACCACCCUACAGCAGACUAUAGUUAAUACACAGAUAGACCCGAGACCACCCUACAGCAGACUAUAGUUAAUACACAGGUACACCUGAGACCACCCUACAGCAGACUAUAGUUAAUACACAGGUACACCUGAGACCACCCUACAGCAGACUAUAGUUAAUACACAGGUAGACCUGAGACCACCCUACAGCAGACUAUAGUUAAUGUAACCUCACUCCUCAUCUUAAAUUUCUCCACUCGCGUUGCUCAAUUGCUAGCUUUUCGGUGGCGCAACUGGUUAUGUUUCAUUAUAACUGGCUAUGUUUCAUUAUAACUGGCUAUGUUUCAAUACAACUGGCUAUGACUUACCUUUCCAACUCUGUCAGGUGGUAGAUGGCUUCUUUGUGAAGAGAGUCCAGGAUGUGAAGGAGUCUGUGGCCUACCUCACUGUCAUGACCCGAUACCUCACCAAACUAUAUCAGGUAACUAUAUACACACACACACACACACACACACACACACACACACACACACACACACACUUGACCAGAUGCCUCACCAAGGUACUUAUAAAAGCCUAUUUCCCACCAUAACCUGAGGGAUUUGCACGAUAACUUUUCUUUCAUUUUCAUUGCGGCAUUGGAAAGGCGCAACGCUUUGCUCACCAUUCACAAUUCUUAGUUGUAUUAAGCAAGUUUAAAAGAUUGACGUUUCGGCCUACAAUGGCCGCCUUCUUCAUAUUUGAUUUUGCCACAAAUGAAAAUGUGGCACUGACUCGCCCAUGGAUUGAUGUUUCCGCAUCGUCUCGAUGAAGAGUUCGGCCUUCGACUAGCUGGGUGCGACAUGCACGCCCAGUUAUAAGCCUGCUAGAUGAUUUUUUAUUUUUUUAGGGGAUAGAUCAGCUUUAAUAUUGCAGAUAGAUUGUGACUUCCAUAAAUGUAAUUGUCUGCAUCAUUUCCAAUCCCCCAUACACAGACUAUAGUUAACAUACAGGUACACAGGUGUAUUAACUAUAGUCUGCUGUAGGGUGGUCUCAGGUCCACCUGUGUAUUAACUAUAGUCUGCUGUAGGGUGGUAUCAGGUGUAUUAACUAUAGCCUGCUGUAGGGUGGUAUCAGGUGUACCUGUGUAUUAACUAUAGUCUGCUGUAGGGUGGUAUCAGGUGUAUUAACUAUAGCCUGCUGUAGGGUGGUAUCAGGUGUACCUGUGUAUUAACUAUAGUCUGCUGUAGGGUGGUCUCAGGUGUACCUGUGUAUUAACUAUAGUCUGCUGUAGGGUGGUAUCAGGUGUACCUGUGUAUUAACUAUAGUCUGCUGUAGGGUGGUAUCAGGUGUACCUGUGUAUUAACUAUAGUCUGCUGUAGGGUGGUAUCAGGUGUACCUGUGUAUUAACUAUAGUCUGCUGUAGGGUGGUCUCAGGUGUAUCUGUGUAUUAACUAUAGUCUGCUGUAGGGUGGUAUCAGGUGUACCUGUGUAUUAACUAUAGUCUGCUGUAGGGUGGUCUCAGGUCUACCUGUGUAUUAACUAGCCUGCUGUAGCAUUUUUUUGUAUAUAUAUAUAUAUAUAUAUAUAUAUAUAUAUAUAUAUAUAUAUAUAUAUAUACACACACACACAUAUGCGUACAUCAUUUCAAAAGGGUUUUCUAAUGAUCAAUUAGCCUUUUAAAAUGAUAAACUUGGAUUAGCAAACACAACGUGCCAUUGGAACACAGGACUGAUGGUUGCUGAUAAUGGGCCUCUGUACACCUAUUCGUGGUCAAAAGUUUUGCGAAUGACACAAAUACUAAUUUUCACAAAGUCCGCUGCCUCAGUUUUGAUGAUUGCAAUUUGCAUAUACUCCAGAAUGUCAGAAAUCCAGAAAGGUCUGAAAGGCUGUAAUUGCUGCAAAUGGAGGAUUCUUUGACGAAAGCAAAGUUUGAAGGACACAAUUAGUAUUUCAAUUAAAAAUCAUUAUUUCUGAUCUUGUCAAUUUUUUUAUUUAACCUUUAUUUAACUAGGCAAGUCAGUUAAGAACAAAUUCUUAUUUACAAUGACAGCCUACACCGGCCAAACCCGGACGACGCUGGGCCAAUUGUGCGCCGCCCUAUGGGACUCCCAAUCACGGCCGGUUGUAAUACGGCCUGGAAUCGAACCGGGGGUCUGUAGUGACGCCUCAAGCACUGAGAUGCAGUGUCUUAGACCGCUGCGCCACUCGGGAGCUUCCUUUAAAGACUGUGUAACUACAGCAGACUAUAGUUAUUUCUGAUUUACAACUACAUUUAGACUGCAUUUCCUAUGCAUUUUGCUAUAUUUCCUAUUCAAACUCAUUUCAUGUAUGUUUUCAUGGAAAACAAGGACAUUUCUAAGUGACCCCAAACUUUUGAACGGUAGCGUGUGUAUGUAUGUAUGUAUAUGUAUGUGUGUGUGUGUGUGAGUGUGUGUAUGUAUGUAUAUAUAUAUAUAUAUAUAUAUACACACACUACCGGUCAAACGUUUUAGAACACCUACUUACCUACACAGCUUUGCAUACUCUUGGCAUUCUCUCAACCAGCUUCACCUGGAAUGCUCUUUCCAGCAGUCUUGAAGGAGUUCCCACAUAUGCUGAGCACUUGUUGGCUGCUUUUCCUUCACUCUACGGUCCGACUCAUCCCAAACCAUCUCAAUUUGGUUGAGGUCGGGGGAUUGUGGAGGCCAGGUCAUCUGAUGCAGCACUCCAUCACUCCUUCUUGGUAAAAUAAUCAUUACACAGCCUGGAGGUGUGUUGGGUCAUUGUCCUGUUGAAAAACAAAAGAUAGUCCCACUAAGCCCCAACCAGAUGGGAUGGCGUAUCGCUGCAGAAUGCUGUGGUAGCCAUGCUGGUUAAGUGUGCCUUGAAUUCUAAAUAAAUCACAGACAGUGUCACCAGCAAAGCACCCCCACACCAUAACACCUCCUCCUCCAUGCUUUACGGUGGGAACUACACAUGCGGAGAUCAUCCGUUCAUCCACACCGCGUCUCACAAAGACACGGCGGUUGGAACCAAAAAUCUCCAAUUUGAACUCCAGACAAAAGGACACAUUUCCACCGGUCUAAUGUCCAUUGCUCAUGUUUCUUGGCCCAAACAAGUCUCUUCUUCUUAUUGGUGUCCUUUAGUAGUGGUUUCUUUGCAGCAAUUCGACCAUGAAGGCCUGAUUCACACAGUCCCCUCUGAACAGUUGAUGUUUAGAUGUGUCUGUUACUUGAACUCUGUGAAGCAUUUAUUUGGGCUGCAAUUUCUGAGGCUGGUAACUCUAAUAAACUUAUCCUCUGCAGCAGAGGUAACUCUGGGUCUUCCAUUCCUGUGGCGGUCCUCAUGAGAGCCAGUUUCAUCAUAGCGCUUGAUGGUUUUUGCGACUGCACUUGAAGAAACUUUCAAAGUUCUUGAAAUGUUCUGGAUCGACUGACCUUCAUGUCUUAAAGUAAUGAUGGACUGUUGUUUCUCUUUGCUUAUUUGAGCUGUUCUUGCCAUAAUAUGGACUUGGUCUUUUACGAAAUAGGGCUAUCUUCUGUAUACCCCCCCUACCUUGUCACAACACAACUGAUUGGCUCAAACGCAAUAAGAAGGAAAGAAAUUCCACAAAUUAACUUUUAAGAAGGCACACCUGUUAAUUGAAAUGCAUUUCAGGUGAAGCUGGUUGAGAGAAUGCCAAGAGUGUGCAAAGCUGUCAUCAAGGCAAAAGGGUGGCUAUUUGAAGAAUCUCAAAUAUAACAUAUAUUUUGAUUUCUUUAACCCUUUUUUUGGUUACUACAUGAUUCCAUAUGUGUUAUUUCAUUGUUUUGAUGUCUUCACUAUUAUUCUACAAUGCAGAAAAUAGUAAAAAAUAAAAAACCCUUGAAUUAGUAGGUGUUCUAAAUCCUUUGACCGGUAGUGUAUAUAUUUAAAAAAAAAAAAAUUCCUUUAUUAUUUUCCCCUAACCCUACCACCACUCCCCUAAUUGGAGUAAACUAAUGGACAACAACUCGUAGUCUUCUGCUGCCAGCUUAUACAUACUAUAUACAUUUUACGGACCCAGUAUAGUUUACAAUAGUUAUCUUUUGUUUGUUUUUCCCCAUCCUUCAGCUCCACUCAACCCCUCCCGUCUAUCUCUGAACACAUCCAGUGUUGAUUUAUAUAUUCUUCAACUGUUUCACAAAACGUUCUGAACCCUUUCUACUCUCAUAGAUUCUACAUAUUGUAAAUUAAAGAAAACAUUUUUUUGCUAUGAUUAUUAUUAUUAUAUUUAUCAAUCGAUUUGACUAAGACUUUUUAAAUCACCCAGCAGUGCUAUUUGCAGAGUUAGCUCCAGGUAAAAUGUUACAAGCCUGCUACAGUUAGCGAUAUCCACCGUCGUAGUACGGAUGAAGCCGGACCUGGAAUGUGAAGCUAACUGAAGCUGGCUUUAAAAAAGCGAAUCGUAGUAUACCAUCUAGUAACUAUACACAAACACACACCUGAUCUCACCAAGCUAGGCCAGCUAAUGAUAUUGCAGUUUUUUGGAUUCUACAUUAUUUUGAAUAGAAUACAUUUUUUUAAACUAAAAAAUGUAACUACAGUAUUCAGCAUUUGACUGGAGCCCCAUACUAAAUAUAACUGUGAUAAAUAACACUGAGGUAAAUGCCAACUCUGGUGCCUCACGUAUCCAUAAAUAUCAUUCGUCAAAUCACUGAUUUUCAUCCUAUUAUUUUUUGUUCUGAUGUAGAACCGUACGUUGGUCUGUCGCUCCAGGGAGCUAGAGGGGGAUAGACGGGAUGAGGAGGAGUGUGGAGGGAGGGAGAGAGAGAACCCCUCCUGUUCUCUCAUCUCCUUCCCAGAGUUCAACCAAGGAGCUGUCAAGAACAAGGUAAAAGUGUGUGUGUGUGUGUGUGUUAACCCUCUCCCUGUCUCUACAGUGUUAACCCUCUCCCUGUCUCUACAGUGUUAACCCUCUCCCUGUCUCUACAGUGUUAACCCUCUCCCUGUCUCUACAGUGUUAACCCUCUCCCUGUCUCUACAGUGUUAACCCUCUCCCUGUCUCUACAGUGUUAACCCUCUCCCUGUCUCUACAGUGUUAACCCUCUCCCUGUCUCUACAGUGUUAACCCUCUCCCCGUCUCUACAGUGUCAGACAGUGAGAGAGGUGUUUGCCAGACAGCUGAUGCAGAUCUCUGGACUUUCUGGUGAUAAGGCUGUUGCUAUACUAGAAAACUACAGUACUCUACAUAGGUAACACACACACACACACACACACAGGUACCACACACACACACACAGGUACCACACACACACACACACACACACACAGGUACCACACACACACACACACACACACACACACAUACAAGUACCACACACACACACACACACACCCCCAGGUACCACACACACACAAACAGGUACCACACAUACUAACUGCAGUACCUUCUUUAAAACUAUAGCUAUUUGCUUCUCUCUCUCUCUCUCUCUCUCUCUCUCUCUAUGAUUGAUUAGUUGAUUGACAAGGUCAUUGAUUGAUCAGAUAGUUGAUUGAUUGACUCUGCCUUCUGACUCCGGAAGCGUCAUUUUUAGGAACUGAUUUUGCGUCCCAAAUGUCACCCUAUUCACUAUAAAGUGCACUACUUUUGACCAGGACCCCCUAUGGGGAAUAGGGUUCCAUUUGGUGCCCACCCUAUAAAGUGCACUACUUUUGACCAGGACCCCAUAUGGGGAAUAGGGUUCCAUUUGGUGCCCACCCUAUAAAGUGCACUACUUUAGACCAGGACCCCCUAUGGGGAAUAGGGUUCCAUUUGGUGCCCACCCUAUAAAGUGCACUACUUUUGACCAGGACCCCCUAUGGGGAAUAGGGUUCCAUUUGGUGCCCACCCUAUAAAGUGCACUACUUUUGACCAGGACCCCCUAUGGGGAAUAGGGUUCCAUUUGGUGCCCACCCUAUAAAGUGCACUACUUUAGACCAGGACCCCCUAUGGGGAAUAGGGUUCCAUUUGGUGCCCACCCUAUAAAGUGCACUACUUUAGACCAGGACCCCCUAUGGGGAAUAGGGUUCCAUUUGGUGGCCACCUUAAAGCUGAGGAAGUAGUCUCUCAGGCUAAAACAUGAUUCAUUGAACCAUAGUUUCCCUUCCAGUCAUGCAGUAAAGAGUCACAGGACACAUUAUUCCCUACACCCUGGUCAAAAGUAGUGAACUAUACAUGUUUACAGUUGUCAUUUAGCAGACGCUCUUAUCCAGAGCCACUUACAGUUAGUGAGUGCAUAUAUUUUUCUUACUGCCCCCCCCCCCCAAACCCCCCCCCCCCCCCCGUGGGAAACGAACCCACAACCCUGGCGUUGCAAGCGCCAUGCUGAGCUACAGGGGACUACAGAAGGAAUAGGGGGACAUUUGCGACAGACUCAGAUGGAAUGUAAAUAAUCAUUCUAUGUAAAUAAUCAUUCUAUGUAAAUAAUCAUUCUAUGUAAAUAAUCAUUCUAUGUAAAUAAUCAUUCUAUGUAAAUAAUCAUUCUAUGUAAAUAAUCAUUCUAUGUAAAUAAUCAUUCAAUCACGUGAAAGUCAACGACGGAGUAAAGCUAUUUUUUUUUAGGUGGUUUCUUUCUAUAAGCGUUUGUCUUUUCAAGAAGAAACUACCUUAAAAAAAAUAGCUUUACUCCGUCGUUGACUUUCACGUGAUUGAAUGAUUAUUUACAUAGAAUGAUUAUUUACAUAGAAUUAUUAUUUACAUUACAUCUGAGUGGUUUCUCCAUUGACAUAGGUGAUAGGGCUGGCUACUUGUGAUCUUGUUGACUAGAGAUACCAGUCUUUUAUCUCUCUCAUCUCAUCCCUCCAGUCUGUUGAAAGCGUAUGAGCAGUGCCCCAGCGACACGGAAAGAGAGAAACUACUCUCCUCUAUCCGAUAUGGAAAACUGAAAAGGUGAGAGAGAGAGAGAGAGAGAGAGAGAGAUAUUAUGAAAAUAACUAAAAUAACUGCAGGUAUUGAUUCAUUUACCGCUUAAUUGUUGGCUCUGUUUGCUUUCAGGAACUUGGGUCCAGCUUUGAGUCGCACAGUCUACCAGCUCUACUGUACGAAAGGAGCACUGUCAUAGAUUAGGAUUACACACACAUACACCUCUACAACGUAGUGUUUAAAAUACUUUGUUUUAUGUCAUUCCCUGUAGACCUGUAUGUAAACGCUGCUAUUGUUGUGAUUUUCUACAAUUGUCUAGUGAAGUAUUGUUUGAAAGAGUUCCAGAAAUUAUGUUGAAGAAUGAAUAAAGUGUAGGGUAUAGUUUGGAGAAUAUUCUUUCUUAUUGUCACUGUUUAUAAAUGGAUUUAUUGGCUACCCAUCACACUCAGAGAAUAAAGAUGUUCCAGUUUAUCAAAUUUAAAACCUUUUCUGGUUAAAACAGCCGUAAUACACUGAGUAUAC